UGAGAUUAUCUACAAACGCUACCAACGGAACUCCUCUUGGCUCCGCUCUACCUCUGUCUAAAGAAGCACGUUCACUCUCUCUCUAGCUUUCUCAUUCAUGUUUUUUCCAACACCCUAUAAUUAGCAACUUAUAUUUGUUCCAUCUUUCAAAAAGGAGAAAAACGAUCAUUUCUUUCAGGCGAUUUUUGGUUCCCUAUUAAAUCCCUCAAAGAAACCCGACUGUCAGAAGGAAACACAGGAUUUCAAAGAUCGGAGUAAUUGCAAGCAUCGCGCCGGAGAAAAUGGACUGCCCUCCUGGAAAUUCGCAAGAUAUGGAUGUUCCACCGGUUGAAGGUGUUGCAGGGGGAGGGACAGCCUAUGGUUGGAAUGAUGCUGGUUUACAUGUUUCAAGUUCACUCAAGGGCUCGACUGACCCUACAGAAGUUCAAACUGCUGAUUUAGUACAUGUGUGGUGCCUCCCCAGCACAGCAAAUGUUGGACCGCAAGAAGUGCCUAGAAAUUUAGAGCCUAUAAACCUUCUGGCAGCUAGAAAUGAGAGGGAAAGUGUACAAAUAGCUAUCCGUCCAAAAGUCUCUUGGAGUGGUUCUAGUAUUGCUGGAAUCGUGCAGGUUCAAUGCUGUGACUUAUGCUCAGCAUCUGGUGAUCGGUUGAUUGUUGGUGAAUCAGUAAAACUGCGACGAGUGGUUCCCAUAUUGGGUGUACCUGAUGCUCUUGUACCUCUUGAUCUCCCAAUUAACCAAAUAAGCCUACAACCUGGGGAGACAAGUGCUGUUUGGCUUUCAGUAGAUGUGCCAAAUGCACAGCCUCCAGGUUUAUAUGAAGGGGAGAUCAUCAUUAAUGCUAUAAAGGCAGAUACAGAAUCUUCAACACAAUGCUUGGGCAAUGCUGAGAAGAGUCAACUAUUCACAGAACUUCGUAAUUGUCUUGAUGCUGUGGAGCCUAUAGAUGGAAAACCAUUGGAUGAAGUGAUGGAGAGAGUGAAAUCUGCAACUACAUCUUUAAAAAGAGCUCUUUUUUCUCCAUCAUUUUCUGAGUUCUUUUCGGAUAAUGGGCCAGUUGAUAUGAUGGAUGAAGAUGCCAUAUCAAACCUUUCUGUACGAGUCAAGUUAAGUUUGACAGUUUGGGACUUCGUCAUUCCAACAACUCCCUCACUUCCUGCUGUAUUUGGUAUAUCUGAUACUGUAAUUGAGGAUCGGUCUGGUGUCGAACAUGGGAGCAGUGAGUGGUAUAAUGCAUUGGAGCAGCAUUUCAAGUGGCUUCUUCAGUACAGAAUCAGUCCAUACUUUUGUAGAUGGGGUGAUAGCAUGCGUGUUUUGACUUACACGUCUCCCUGGCCAGCGGGUCAUCCAAAAUCAGAUGAAUUCUUUUCAGACCCACGGUUAGCUGCAUAUGCUGUUCCACACAGUCCAGUGGUCUCCCGUAAUGAGGCAGCAAAGGAUUAUUUGCAGAAAGAGGUCGAGAUAUUGAGAACAAAAAGUCAUUGGAAGAAAGCUUACUUUUACCUCUGGGAUGAGCCACUGAAUAUGGAACAAUACGAAUCUCUUUGCAACCUUGCGAGUGGGAUUCAUGCUUAUGCUCCUGAUGCUCGCGUUUUAACCACUUACUAUUGUGGACCAGGUGAUGCUCCUCUUGCACCAACUCCUUUUGAGUCUUUUCUAAAAGUGCCAAAGUUCCUACGCCCUCACACACAAAUCUAUUGUACAAGUGAAUGGGUAUUUGGUAAUCGGGAGGAUCUUGUUAAGGAUGUUAUUUCUGAAUUGCAGCUAGAAAAUGGAGAGGAAUGGUGGACUUACGUUUGCAUGGGUCCAUCCGACCCUCAUCCAAAUUGGCAUCUGGGAAUGCGAGGAACACAGCAUCGUGCUGUUAUGUGGCGUGCAUGGAAGGAAGGUGGAACCGGUUUUCUGUAUUGGGGUGCCAAUUGCUACGAGAAGGCAACAGUUCCCAGUGCAGAGAUAAGAUUUAGGAGAGGCCUCCCCCCAGGUGAUGGCGUUUUAUACUACCCAGGUGAGGUGUUCUCAUCUUCGAGUCAACCGGUUGCUUCGCUUAGACUAGAGCGAAUUCUUAGUGGCUUGCAGGACUUUGAAUACCUGAAGCUUUAUGCGUCAAGAUAUGGAAGGGAAGAAGCUCUUGGUCUUUUAGAGAAGACAGGUGUUUAUUUAGGUCCGGAGCGAUACACUAUGGAACAUAUGGCAAUUGAUAUGAUGCGAGGUGAGAUUUUCAACGCCUGCAGAUCAUCAUCAGGUUCAUAAAUCAUUUAAUGUUAUUACUUUAUUUUUUGUGAUCCCAUCUUCUUUCAUAUUUUAGACAUCUUUUUGUACUCUUAAAUCAGUAAG